UUCUGAGCCAUGUUGUGGACAAGUUGGCUCGUCCUGCUGCUCUGCUGGGGGGCCACCAGCGGCGAGCAGCAGGCGGAGGAGAGGGACGGGACCCCGGUGGAGGCCCGGGCGGAACCGCAGAGACAGCGGUCCCCUCCCCCUGUGGAGCCGUUGGAUUUUGGGUUUGUACCGGCUGCUGUUUACGAUACCCACGCUUACUUUGAGCCAGGACCUAUUGGGCUUCUCUUCCACAUGGUCCACGCUUUUCUCUACGUUGUUCAGCCGAACACUUUUCCUAAAGAUCUGAUUGUUAAAGUUAUUCAACAAAACAUGGGAGGAAUCAAAAUAGAAGAAUGGAGAAAGCCAGACAAUGUGGUGCUGUUACUACAGACGAUCUACUACGAGGCGGGUUUCCUCAUAUGUGCGACUAUCGGCAUCCUGUUCGUGGUCCUGGUCCCCAUCAUCGCCAUGUGUUUCUGUGUGUGUCGCUGCUGUGACAACUGUGGAGGGGAGAUGCACCAGAGACAAAGAAAAAACGUAGACUGUCAGAGAGGUUUCUACACCGCCUUGCUCGUCGCCACCUCCAUCUUCAUGACUCUGGGAGUGUUCAUCGCCUAUGCUGCGAACCAUAAUGUCAGCGCCCAGAUUAAGAACACUCGGAGGUUAAUCAACAACAACAUGAGGGACCUUAAGACAUUUGCUAACAACACACCUACGCAAAUUGAAUACCUGACAGCCCAGUACACCACGGCAAAGAACAAAGUCCUGUCAGACCUUGACAACAUUGGACCUUUGCUUGGUGGGAGGAUCCACAGUCAGCUGGAGAGAGAGGUGGUGCCCUCACUGGACAAUGCGCUGCGGAUGGCAGGAGCCAUGCGGGAGACCAAAGAGGCUCUGGAGAACGUCAGCUCCUCUCUGGAGGUUCUUCAGGAGGGGACAGCCAAGCUUCAGGCCAGUCUAUCUGAGGAGCGGGCCUCUCUUUCCAACACUUUAUCAGACCCUGCCUGCACUAAUGGAGCUGUGUCGUCCACCUGUAACACCAUCCGCUCCACGCUCGCCCAGCUGGGAAUCAACUCUGACUACUCUAAGCUGCCAGAUGUUAAUCACGCCCUGGUCAAUGUCAAUACUGUCCUGAGAACAGACCUCAGCAACAUUGUACAAAAGGGUUACUCAUCCUUUAAUGAUACACCACAACUGGUUAAAGAACAAACUAAAAACAUUGUCUCAGCUCUACCUCGAGUGAAAGGCAUGUUGGAUAAGAUUGGCACAGAGAUCAACGGCUUCACCAAGAUGUUCCCAGUGGAAGCUUCUCUCGCCAAUUUCACCAUUUUCCUCACCCAAGGACAGAAAAAUAUUGAGUCCUUUUACCCACAGAUUGACCAAAUUGACUUUUACAGGUGGGUCGGCUGUGUGGCAGUGCUCUGCACGGUGGUCUUGGUCCUGGCCUUUAACACCCUCGGACUGCUGUGUGGCGCCUGCGGCUACGACGAGCAAGCUACACCAACAACACGAGGCUGCCUGUCAAACACCGGCGGCAACCUGCUAAUGGCUGGAGUUGGCUUCUCUUUUAUCUCCGUCUGGGUGCUGAUGGCCAUUGUCUCAACCUUGUUUGUUAUUGGAGGCAACGUGGAGAAGAUGGUGUGUGAACCCCUCGCUAACCGACAGCUAUUCAAGAUCAUAGACACUCCAUUCCUGGUUCAUCCCUCCAAGAAGAACUUCCUUCCUGGGAUGCUGUUUCAGAAUCCUAACAUUGACUUGACUUUGGGAAGCAUGUACAGGGACUGCUAUGAGAACAACGGUCUGUACCAUUCUCUGCAGCUGGAGACGAUGUUCAACAUCAACUCCUUCCUCAACAGAACUGUGUACAACAAGGAUCUGGCCAAAGUGUUGGAGGGAGUGCAGGUGGACCUGCAGGACGUAACGCUGCUGGAGCAGGCCGGCAGAGACAACCUCAUCAACUUUGCCAACUCUGGAAUCGGACAUAUCAACUAUGAAGCCUACCUGACUGAAUUAAAUAAAGGAGUAACUAUCUUGGAUCUCCUGUCCUUCUCUACUGACCUGGAGGCUCAGGCAGACCAACUGCCCCGAGGUGCUCUGGAGAACGCACUGAAAGGACACGCCAGCAGUAUCAGACAGAUCCACAGGGAUCAAGUGGUUCCAAUGGAGCAAGCAAUGAGUACACUGAGUCAGAGCAUCAAGCAGCUGCAGAGGAUGUCCAACGACCUGACGGUUAAGGCCACGAAUAUCCUGAGUGCCAUCGAUGCAGCAGAGUACCUCAUCACUCAUAACGCCUCCCAUGUGGUGAAAAGGGAAACCAAAGGCUACACAGAGAACUUGGUGGGAUACUUCAGACAGUACACAGCAUGGGUUAAACAUUCGUUGAGUUCAGAGGUGGCCCAGUGUAAACCCAUCAGUAACAUUGUGGACAGCAUAGAGAUUGUAGGCUGCAGCAUCAUAGUGGAUUCAGUGAACACAUUCUGGUUUGGUCUGGGAGGCUGCUGUGUCCUCCUGAUCCCCAGCAUCAUCGUUUCUGUCAAACUGGCAAAGUAUUACAGAAGGAUGGACACAGAAGAUGUCUUUGAAGAUAUCUCUCCCUAUCCCAACACUCUGACCCGGUUCCCUCGGGCCUCGGCUCCUCCGAGCUACGCCGACUGGGAAGGAUCUCCUUGAUGAGCGGACAAGAGGGCUGGAACUGAAAUUCCCCUCGAGGAUUUCUGGACAUUCCAGUUCUCUCCAUUCAGAUCUUAUAACACGUCGGAAGAUCAAAAAGAAGAACAACAAUUAGGAACUGUGUGGUGAGGCGUCCCACCCCCCAGUGCCCCUUCAAGCCAUUGGACAAGGACCUCAGAUGCCAACCAACUGUAAUUUAUAAAGUGUUAUUUCAUUCACAUCAGCACCGGAGCCGUCCUUCUAGUGUUUCAUACUAUAGAUCAUCAACGAUCACAGAAAUGUUCCUGCAUAGUUAGUUUUUCCUGUAGAUAAUUCAUUUGUUUGUACCUACAUUCUCACCUUUACCAUGGUGACACAAGUGUACAUUUUUUUACACUUUCAAAACCUUUGAAAGUUUUAUAUACUUUUGUUAAUGUUUGUUUUAUAACACAUAAGUAGCUUUUUCUAGGGGUAGCUUUUUCUUUUCUUGGUCAAUAUUUGUAAUGUAGCUUGCAUUGUUUUGACUGGACAAGUUGAAACGACCAAAUAAUCAUUGAUUCGCUUUCUUGUUGAGAGUUAGAUAAAAAAGAUGGCACUCUCGUGUCUUUUAGUUAAAUACCAGGAUCCAGUAGGAAUAGCAAUCAAUAUCACCAUCAAUGAAACCACUAGCAUGAUGGAAGAACACAUUCAUUUUCAUGGUGACUAUGUUCUGGACUCGGGGUAGGACUGAUCCGUAUCCCUGGCAGAGAACGCUGAGGUAGACAAAUAUGAGAUAUGAAGGGGGUCAUCGGAGUUUGCCCAUCCGUUCUACAUUGGUUUUUACAGACUUUUCUGGAGAAGGCUCGCGAGCGUGUCCCUCAACUAGUGUUGGUUGUGUGUUCAGCUGGAAUAGAAAGCUGUGUCCAUAUGUUCGACACAAAGUCAAAGCCGUUUCCAGUCCAGCCCUGCGAUUUAGAUCCUCCCCAAACUUGCUGUAAUGAGUGAGCUUCAGAGGAUGUGGUGUGUGGAGUUUGCUCCACUGGUCAGAGCAAGGCUAUCAGUCAUUUUGCUAAGCUAAGCUAACUUUGUCAAUGGUGUAGCUUCAGGGCUAGUAUACAGACAGGAUACUGAUAUUGAUCUUCUCAACUAACCUUCAGCAAGAAAGCGAAAAAAACUGGAAGUUCUUGUUAAUUAUUUAAAACCUUGAGACAUGGAGACAUCAGUCCAGAAUUAAUUAUGGUCCACCAGGAUGUAAAGAGUUUCUAGCUUUUCAACAGACACAUGAGUUACAAACCCAGCAAGGUUUCAAGACCGCUAACAAACAAAAUAUUGUGUCUCCAUUUUUUACCAGACCAUUAGAGACCACUAGUUGCUUGUGUUUUUUUUUUUUUUUUCACCAUUCUGGGGUUGGGAUAAUACAAAUCCCAGAAGCCUCUUUGGUAAAAGAGGCCUGUUUGAGGAACAAAGCGUACACACAAAUAUUAUAUUACAGCUGGAGUCUGUGGUGAAGGCGCGAAACUGUGAAUAAAAACGUCAGUCUUA